GCUGAGUACGCGGCCAAGUAUAACCUCGGUAAAGAUGUUCCCUAUACGACGUACCAGAAUAGCGAUGUGACGCAGACGGUUAUCAGCGAGAAUUCCCGUGGUGAUGUGCGACCUAUCUGGGAGCUGCUGUAUAAUCACUAUGGGGUUCUCAAGAAGCUGAAUGCGACUUGGACAAAGCAGUAUCGGGAUAUGGUGGUUGAAAAGGGUGAGGGUGCUGAGGGUGGUGGUGGUCAUUAUGGAGGUACCAGUGGUGGGUUUGAUCAGUUGGGGUAUGGGACUUUACUCUACAGUCUUUAG